AUGGCUGGAAAUGGCGGGAAAAGAAAUUUGACUGGAGUUUUUAUCGUAAGUUCAACAAAUUUCUGAUUUUAAGGUAAAAAUGAUGAUUUUUCAGGAGAACUUUGGAAUAUUGAGCGAAUUUGGGAGAAGAUAUGACGUGGCAAAGGAUUUGGAGGUUUUUUGUGAGUUUUUUUGGGAUGGGGGGUUUUUAUUUGGAAAAUAUCUAAAAUUGGGACGCGUAAUUGCGUAGCAUCGUACUCAAAAUCGCCACGUCAUAGUACAAAGCCCAAAUGUAAUCUCUAAAUCUGCUAAAAUCAAGGAAACACCUUGAAAUCUAGUUUGCCACCCAAAAAAAAAUUGUGAUUUUCCUAAUCCUCUUCUGAUCUUCUCUCCGCAAUCUGAUAUUUUUCGGGGAUGGGUAUAAAAAUAUUAGAUUUUUAGGGAAUUCUGUCCUCUAAAAUGCUGAUUUUUCUAGUAUUCUCUCUAGUUUUUUCUGGAAUUUCAGCUGGAAGUCUGAAACUAGAGAUUGAGGACUAUUUCGAAUGCACUGAAGAAAAUUCUGAGCUCCAAAACGUGCUGAAAAUGUGCGCUGAAAAUCUCAGUUUCGCAUCCGGAAAAAAUUCUAGCCAAAUUAUUCUCUACGCCUCCGCAUUUUCCGACAGAAAUUCCUGGUUUUUUGACCUGAAUCUCGAUAUUCCUAUGGACACUCUUCUGAAUUCCGCGCAAUUUUCCAAAGUUAUGAAAAAUGCGAUAAUCGAUGAGGUCAGAAUUUUGGAGUUAGGCGAUCUCGAAACUCUUUUCGACCAUAGGAGGAAUAUCUGCGUUUUUUCGAUGGAUUCAAAUUUUCUGCCGGAAAUCGAGGAAAUUAUCCAGAAAUCGAUUAG